CAGAAAAGAUGAAGAAGAAGAAGAAGGACCAGAUCCUGGGAUUCUUCAGAAGAUCCUGGCAGACCAUGAAGAGGAUCUUCAACAAGAGAUCAAACAUGGAGAUCGUUACCAAGCAGGUCCAGGACUCACUGGGGAGCGCCUACAUCCACCUGCCCAAUAGUGUGGAAGAGAAGGUUGGGGUCACUAAGUCCACCAUCAGCAUCAUGUCAGAGGAGCUUAAUGUGGCCUCCUCCCUGCUGACCGACUCCAUCCUGGAUGAGGACGAGGUGACCAACGUCCCCCAAAAUAAGGACGAGAAGGUUGGGGACGCUGAGUCCACCAUCAGCAUCAUGUCAGAAGAGCUUAAUGUGGCCUCCUGUCAGCUGACCGACUCCGUCCUGGAUAAGAUCGAGGUGACCAACGUCCCUCAAAAUAAGGACCAGAAGGUCAGGGACGCUGAGUCCACCAUCAGCAUCAUGUCAAAGGAGCUUAAUGUGGCCUCCUGUCAGCGGACCAACUCUGUCCUGGAUGAGAUCAAGGACACUUUUGGUCAAAAGGAGAAGAGUGAGAAAUCCACCAUGACUGACCCGAUACCAGAAAUCGAUCCAACCUGCAGGAAGAUCCUGGUUCAGCCGGUAAAGAAGCUGCCCGCUGAAGCUCCAGCUAAAGAAGCAAUCUGCACUGCAGAAAAGAUGAAGAAGAAGAAGGACCAGAUCCUGGGAUUCUUCAGAAGAUCCUGGCAGACCAUGAAGAGGAUCUGCAACAAGAGAUCAAACAAAGUUUCCCCCCUUUAAUUUCCCCACAAUCCCCCAAAUGAUAUUCCCUCCUCAGCUACACACAGUAAUAUUUUCUCUCUUUUUGUGUGAACAAUUGUUUUAUUACAUAAUGAAUAUUU